CUUCUCAUCUUCAGACUACCUUCGAAGAAUCGAGAGCUUCCAUAGAAGAGCCUUCUCUUUGGGAAGAACCACAUACUCGUUUACCUUCCGGCCGAUCACGAACGACAACAAGUCAAAGACAUCAGACAAGACGAGUCAUCGAAACGCAAGGUCCCUUCUUGUCAGUACUCGUCAAACUCAACAUGUACCCUACUCAUACUCAACCGCCAAGCACGGAAGGAUGGUACAAGUGCUGCGCAUGCAAGGAGACUAUCAAUCCCGAUCAAUACCCAACCGGUUGCAAUUGUGGACAUACGAAGUGUGAUGAAUGCAAACCGCUUACACCCCCGCCAAGUCCAAUCAAAGACAACUCGAGGUACAACAUGCAGUACAACACCUUCAACAACUCUGCAAGUGGGUCUAGGGACCGUACAAGACGACCAGAUAUAAGGGGUUGGUGGACAUGUUGUCAGUGCCAAGCACUAGUCAACCCUAACGUCAACGGAGACACUUGCCCUGUCUGUGCACACGUCAGGUGUGACUGGUACUGCGUCACCAAUUAAGAUUUCUAGAGAGGAUAAGAUUUGUCUAGGUCAACGACGAACAGACUAAGAACAAACUCUUCCUACUUGACAGCGUGGACACUGGUGGUUGCGAGAAAUUUGGACCUGAUGGU